AUGUCCCUACUUGGUCAUGAUUAUGUCAUAUUUUUUCCAGGUAAGAUGAUGUCAGGGUUUAUUUUUUACCUGCCAGUUUUUUCUAUUGUUUCAAAACACAUAAAAUGGUCAUUCCUUACCAAGCAAAUCAUUCUCGAGAUUCAGUAGUAUAAACAAGAUGGUUUCAAACAUUCACGUUGAUUCGAGACGUGGGCGUUUAUUGACUAUUGAUGAAGUGGAACAAGUUCAGCGGCAAAGUAUAGCUGGUCUUAUCGGUCAUACCUUCCAACUUACUUACGCCAAUAUGGUUGACAAACUAAUUCAAGAAGAAAAGUUGAAUCGCUGUCACGGCUGUGCUAUUCAGCACACAAGUCAAAGACAAUAUUCGUGUGUUAUGAUGGAUAAAGAGGAUUCUUGGUUGUACUACCGAGAAGAUGUGGUUGAAAAAAUCGAUCUGAAUGCUGUUCUAAACAAUGCUGAAAGU